CCGGGCGCCAGAGGCCUGGCGGUCUCAUGUGUCCCCGUGCCGAGCGUGUAAGCGGCCUCGGGCGCGAGUGUGGUGGGGGCUGACUGCCACUCAGGCGCCCAUGGGCACAGCGUCCUGCGGGCAGCUGAGCACUCUGCUUGGCUGACGGGUGCCGGCUGCCCCAGACCCAAGCUGCUCGGCCUUGGCCCUCAGCCCUGCACCUCAGCCCGGGAGCUGUGCAGUGAGGAACACAGACGCAAAUGGGUUUUCAAAUGAUGAGGGGCCCACGAGGGCUGAGGAUGAGGCUCAGUUGGCAGCGUGUUUCUAUACCCAGCACCGGAUCAGAUCGAGCGUGCUGGCCCACCUGUAAUCCCAACGUUUGAGAGGUGGAGGCAAGAGGAUCAGCUGUUUUUAAAGCCAUCCUCAGCCACGUGUCAAGUGUGAAGUCAGUCUGGGCUACGUGUGGCCUGUUCUCAAACAAAUAACUGAUAAGAGAUCACGGAGGCCCGUUACCCUUGAAGAAUGGCAGAGGCAGUCUUCCGUGCCCCGAAGAGGAAAAGAAGAGUAUAUGAGAGUUACGAGUCACCGCUGCCCAUCCCCUUUGGUGAGGACCAAGGUUCCAGGAAGGAAUUCCGAAUAUUCCAAGCUGAAAUGAUCAGCAACAACGUGGUAGUGAGAGGCGUGGAGGACAUGCAGCAGCUGUACGGGAAGGGUUACUUUGGAAAAGGCAUUCUUUCAAGAAGCCGUCCAAACUUCACAAUCUCCAAUCCUAAGCUGGCUGCCAGAUGGAAAGGUGUGCAGACAGACAUGCCUAUAAUCACCUCCGAGAAGUAUCAGCAUCGAGUAGAAUGGGCCAUGGACUUCAUGCGUAGACAGGGCCAGGAUGAGAGCACUCUGCAGAAGAUCCUUAGAGACUACACAGAACCACUUGAGCCUCCUUGCAGAAAGGGGAAAGAAGAGGCCCCACAGUGUGAUCCACUCAACUCCGAGGCCAGCUCCUCCCUGGAAGGCAGAGUGGGAAAGGACAAACUCUCUAUGACCAUUGGAGGUGCUGGACCAUCAGAUGGUGAGGGUCUCAGCACACCCUCAGACUGCCUACAGGGGCCUGGCCAUGCCACACUCACUGUGGCUAGUCCAUCUAGCCUUAAUGGACAUGCGAUAGAGGACACCACAGUUCUGCCCCAGGUCCCCUGCCAGGAAGCCCUUUCUCCCCAGGGUGGCCUUUGGCCUGAAGACAGCAGCCAGGCGGCAGGAGAGCAAAGGGCUGCUCACGAGUAUGUGCUCGUUGAGGAAGAGCUGUGUGAUGUCCAGGAGGAGGAGGCCUCAGAUGAGAAGUUGCUGCAAAGAAAGAGACUGGUGUGCAGGAGAAACCCGUACAGGAUCUUUGAGUACCUGCAGCUCAGCCUAGAAGAGGCUUUCUUCCUGGCAUACGCCCUGGGAUGUUUAAGUAUUUACUAUGAGAAGGAGCCUUUAACAAUAGUAAAGCUCUGGCAAGCCUUCACCACGGUCCAGCCCACCUUCAGGACUACCUACAUGGCCUACCACUACUUCCGAAGCAAAGGCUGGGUGCCCAAAGUGGGGCUCAAGUACGGAACAGAUCUGUUGCUGUAUCGGAAAGGCCCUCCGUUUUACCACGCAAGCUAUUCUGUCAUCGUUGAGCUCGUGGACGACAACUUCGAGGGCUCCCUCCGCAGGCCUUUUAGCUGGAAGUCGCUGGCUGCCCUGAGCAGAGUCUCAGGGAACGUCUCUAAGGAGCUGAUGCUGUGCUACUUGAUUAAGCCCUCUUCCAUGACGAGCGAGGACAUGGAGACCCCAGAAUGCAUGAAGAGGAUUCAGGUUCAGGAGGUGAUUCUCAGUAGAUGGGUUUCUUCACGAGAGAGAAGUGACCAAGAUGAGCUUUGACCUUCGACCUCAGAGUCCGCAGUUCACCAGCAACUCUGACUAUGCAUUAUCAAUCUUCCCGGAGAAGCAUCCACAUGUUUGGGGAUCACAGCCUCAUAUUCUGUGGCAUUAAGUGAAAAAUCUACUCCUGUGGCUCAGCUCACCCAAGGACUUCAACCAAUAACCCAAAUGAUUGAAAAUCAGUGAUGGUCUGGGAGCCUUGAGAAGCUGGUGACUGAUGCAUUCUCAGUGAACUCAUUGUUUGACGUGUUUGCUUGUUGAACACAAAAUUCUACAGUAUUAGCUAUUUAAAAUGCAUCUUGUGCCGGGUGGUGGUGGCACACGCCUUUAAUCCCAGCACUUGGGAGGCAGAGGCUGGCAGAGCUC